UUUUCAGAAAAGAAAAACACGAUGACCAUUGGGACACCACCAUCAUCUCAAGCCUACGGUGAGCCAUGGUACUGGGACAACCGCUACGCCAAUGAAUCUGCUCCCUUUGAUUGGUACCAAAAGUACCCUUCCUUAACUCCCCUUAUCCGCCAUUAUGUUCCCCUCCGCCACCACCGUGUUCUCGUCGUCGGCUGCGGUAACUCAGUUUUUAGUGAAGAGAUGGUCAACGAUGGGUAUGGGGAUGUUGUCAAUGUCGAUAUAUCCUCUGUUGUCAUCGAUGCCAUGCAGUUCAAGUACUCCAACUGGCAGCAGCUGAAAUAUAUUAAGUUGGAUGUACGAGAUAUGAGUCCUUUUCAAUCUGGUUCCUUUGAUGCUGUUAUUGAUAAAGGGACCCUUGAUUCUAUCCUGUGUGGGAAUAAUUCGAGGCAGAAUGCGGCGCAAAUGCUCGACGAAAUCUGGAGGGUCCUCAAGGAUAAAGGAGUCUAUAUUCUGAUCACGUAUGGCGCUCCGGUGUAUCGUCCCGCCUUGCUGAAAGAGUCGUGCGUUUGGAGCAUAAAACUACAUGUGAUAGCAAAAUUUGGACCGGAAGGAAGUUCUGAGCAGCAAGCGAGGGAAUUGAAAAACCCAAUUCCGUUGGACGAGAGUGGAAGCUCGGUGGAAGAUGUACUCGGAAAGAACCCCGAUGUUCAUUACAUCUAUGUUUGUACCAAGGAACCCAAGACCGCGAAAGAAUGAAGCGGACCGACGGCGGAUGAAGAAAUACGAGGGAGAGCGAGGAGAUUGAACCGUUUGUGCAAUUCCUUUUUUGUUGUAACUGAUUGUAGCAGGCCGUAGUUUGUGUGGCGUUUGUGUGAUGAUACCCUGAGCUAUUCAAAUUUUUAAUCUUUGCCCAUAACAUGUUCAGAGCAUAUGUAAUAACCGAACCACUUAACAGCUACUUUGAUUCGGAUCUC